CACGCAGCGUGUGGUUUGGUUUGUUUUAACCAACGUUAGUUAUAAACUUGUAUCAAUGACGAGUUUUCCUCUCCUGUAACGCUUUAUGGAGAAUAAUUAACGAAUGUUGACGUCUUUUUGGUUGACAUCAGUUUUCUUUAGUUGCUCAAAAACGCGGAUUCAACGUUGUUGGAUUAUCGAUCAUAUUACCUGACGUUAAUGGUUAGUUAGUCACACGGUUUCCAGUUAAUUAGCUUGUCUGUGCAGAUCCACAUAGAAAGCAGCCCUAUUGUCGCCUCCUAAUGAAUUUUCCAUAGCGGUGAUCCAACCAGAUGACCGUACGCCACCGGGUCACCGCUUUCAAUUUUCAAUCAUCAUCAUUCACAAUGAGGAACAAGAUGAAGAAGUGCCAGGAGAAGAGCCACGUGCCGCAUCUGGCUCCACUUGGACCAGCGUUCGAGUGAACAUAUCAGCGGCUGUACGCUGAGCAUGAAGAUUGUCAUACUGGGAGCCACUGGGCAGACUGGCCAGUAUCUGGUCAACCAGGCGCUGCAGCAGGGCCACGCUGUCACCGCCGUCGCCAGGAACCCGGGAAAACUUGCAGUGCAUCAUGAAAAACUCAAGGUGGUGGAAGCCGACAUUUUCUCAGAAGACAGUCUGAAGCCUCACUUCAGCGGACAGGAUGUGGUCAUGUCCUGCCUGGGCUUCCCGGCCUCCUUCUUCUCGCCGGUGACGGGCUACAGCCGCUCCAUGAACAGCGUGGUCGGCGCCAUGCGAGAGGCCCGAGUCAACAGGAUCAUUACCAUGACCUCCUGGUACACCGAGCCCAACUCUGGAGUGCAGUCGCCUUAUCUCAUCCGCUUCCUCCUGCUGCCGAUGAUCCGCAGCGUUCUCACCAACAUGCACGAGAUGGAGCAGUUUCUGCAGAAGACCGAGGACAUCAACUGGACCGUGGUCCGGCCCCCUGGUCUUAAGAACCUGCCGGCCUCAGCUCAAGAGUUUCUGACCCACGAGGGAUACUUUGUGCCCGACGGCAGCGGCAGCUCAGCGGGGAGAGGAGACGUGGCUCGCUUCAUGCUCUCUCUGCUCAACACCAACGCCUGGGUCAAGAAGGGAGUCGCCAUCAUCACCAAAUGAAUAGUCCGUUCACCCAAAGUACAAAACACGUUUAAUGUCAAAUCUCGGGUAUUUACAUUUUCAGGGUGAGACACAUCAGCCUUUGUCAUUUUUGCUUUAAAUCCAAGUUUUUGUUUUGAAUUUACUGUUUUUAUACACUCUCACUGCUCUUGUCAAUCAGCCGGUCGCUGUUUUCAAAGACACAGGUCUGAUAAAUCCACCUGACUGAAAUGCAGACUAUGGCUGAAAGAAGGGUAACUAUUGGACUUAAAUUCAUCAUGAAACCAGAUAAUCAACUCUAAAUAAAUGCUAAUGCUGCUUUGUAUUUACUCAAUAUAUAAAUAUGCAACUAUUAUUACCAAAAUAAGGGGAUAAAAUGUAAUUGUUAUCUUUCCAAUACUCUGGAUAAUCCAACUAACAGUUUACUAAUUUAGUUAUUAAUGGAUAGAACUAUUUAAAUGGCUUAUAAAGCUAAGUCUGUCUCUUUAUUUACUCUUGUACAACAUCAUCUCGAUCUAUGUUUGUAAAACGUCAAGGUAACCAUUUAUUUACCUUCAGUGCUCAUACUAUCAGUGGUAACCGGUUACGGCUUUACGUAACUUUACGAGGCCUCGGCGCUCUUCCACAACGGAUUGAAGUGCAUGAUGUCAUCCUCACAAGGGCACGACGUGCCCUUUAGUUACAGCUACUGGCGCACAGUGUAUUCACACAAGUAGUUCGUAGCCACAUGUCUACGGUGUCAGUUCCGCUGAAUAAAUGUACAAUAAGGAAACUGCUAAAGGGUCAUUUGUUCAGGAGUUGUUUUAAGUGUGCCACGCCAGGCUGCCUCUGAGUGACCACGGUGUUGUGAGGAGCGGACGCUGAG